AUGUCAAAUAAUGGCAGGCAAGGUUCUUUUGGUCAAGAAACCAUUAACGUGGCUAAAGAUUUUACAACGCAAGCCUACGAAAGGGCCUCAAGUAUUAGUCAUGGAUAUGUUCAGUCGUUACGAUCUUACGUUGAUCCCCUUCUCCAACCAGUGUUAAACAUGUCGGUCUAUUUGUGGAAAAAUCUGCCGCCACUUCGUUGGUUUGCGUAUGCCCUAGGAAUAUUCAAUUGUAUCCCAAUAGCAAUUUUUCUCGGUUGGAGCAUCUUGACUUUUGGAUUUGUGUCAGCUUUGGCUGGUGUGGGAAUUGUGAUUGCCCAAGGGUUCUUCACAUUUCUUGGUGCCAUAGUCUUCCUCCCUGUUGCUUGUGUUCUUGUAAUAAUCGCCGCAAUAGGCGCAAUAAUUUCCACUUGUGCAUGGCUCGGAUUUGAAGCGACGAAUUUUGGAUUGGUUCAAUUAGGUGUUGUUCGAAGUAAGAAUGCUCUCGGUUUCGGUCAAGCGAGGGCCAUUACUGGGUCUGGUGUUCGCGAAGCUCAUCGUCGUGAAAGAAAUGGACCACUUAAGAAACUAAGAAAAAGAGAAUCCAAAGAUUCUUCCCUAUCCAAGUCUCCCGAGAAUGUGGUAAAGAAGGAAGUCACGCAAGAUAUAUUAAAGUACCGAUUACCUAAAACCAUAGAAAAAAUUGAAGGAAACAAUAGUCCUCAUUUAUUACUGCAGUACCUGUGGCAGAGUAAUUUCUCGGCCCCCAUAGAUGACAUUUUGGGUUCCCAGAGCACCAUUUUAGAAGUUAGGUUAGUGAUGAUGUCUUGGAGCAACUUGAAUUACCCAAAUUCCGAAUUUGUCGGUAUUGGGAUGAAACAAUUGGCAUGUUCUUCUCCACCGCCUAAUCUUCGAUUUGCCUCCGGCGAUAUUUCGAGCACAUUGCUGUUUGACGACAAUGAAUUUGAUUUCGUUCGAAUUUGUUACCUUAUACUCACCCUCGAACACAAUGAGUGGAUAAAUGUUAUUAAUGAAUUAAUCAGGGUCACGAAACCCGAAGGCUGGCUAGAAUUCGUUGAGCCGGAUUUGAAAAUUGAAAACCCCGGACCCAUAUUAACUAGAAUCAGAUGUGGCUUACAAUUUUAUAUCCACGAAAACGACAAUAUAGUGGAUCAUCUAAAACGUAUGCUGCAAUCAACAAAAAAGCUAGACGAGGUAUACCAUGAUUUCAAGGCGAUAACCCUGGGAGAAUGUGGAGGAGAGGUGGGAAUUUAUAAAGCAGCCAUGAUCGACAACUACUUUAGAAUGCAUGCUGACAGGAUACGAAAUCAAUUGGGGAUUUCUUCGGAGGAGAUGACGAAAUUACUGGAAGAUUUUAAGAAGGAAUACUCAACCAUGAGGGUGCAAGAAAAGUUCCACAAAUUCUGGGCGAAAAAAUGUUGA